CAUAUUGACAGAUUACAUAAUCAAUUAGACUCAUUCAUUCAAUACCGCGGUAUAGAGAACCUGCGUGACGUCAAAUCGGUGACGACACGCCCUCAGCAGACAUGGCGGAGGCGGCGGCUUCAAUCCUCGGCUUCCCUCCCCCAUUGAGAAACAGCGUGUCUCCGCCGGUCCGCCCUGACGCCGGGCUGGACGCAGCCGCGCCCUCACUCGAAAUGGCGGCCGAAGGCGAUUUCUUGCUUCGUUACCGAGCCGUGUCGAACAAACUGAAAAAACGUUUCUUAAGAAAGCCGAACGUGGCCGAAGCGAGUGAGCAGUUCGAUUCGGUUGGUUUUCACUUAAUUAUGGAAGACAUGCUACAUGGUCCCGGAGCGAUGGCGCGCUGUGAGCAGACUCUGUUCAACGCCCCGGGCGAAGCCCUGUCGCUCACUGAAGCCGCCCGUCUCUUCAUGGAGGCUGAGCGGGAGACGCAGCAACUGCGAAGCCCAGGCUUCGAGGAGCACCUGCAGGCCGCGAUCAACUGCUACAGCUUUGCAGUGAAGGUCUAUAUUGAAAUGAAUCAGCCAGUGAUGGCAGCCAGUCUGUGUCUUGAACUGGGAAACGCACUGAAGUGCUCAGAGGCUGCAGUUUAUUUCCAGAGAGCUGCAGAGCUGCAGAUUCAGGUUCCUAUGGAAUGCCUGCUUUCACUGGGCUGUGCGGCCACUUGCAAAAUACUGACCCGAGAUUUUGAUGCAGCUCUCUCUCUCUUCACUGAAAUGCAGUUUCUCAUCCAGGAGAGGGCGCUGCAGGUCCCAGGAACCAGCACCCCAGUGGGCUCCUUCUCUGGAUGUGUCUGGCGCGGUGUGAGAUCAGCAAGGUACGGUGGGGGGCGAUUCAGCCACUGCCAGGUGAAUUUCCUGCAGGAGAGCGUGUUCCUUCUGCUGCAGUCAGUGGUGAUGGCCUGUCAGGAAAAGGACAUCGACUCCCUAAAAUCUCUGCAGAUGGAGCUGUGGCCUCUGCUCAGCCCUGAACAGAAUCAGCUGCUUCACCUGUUGGUUCUGGAGAGAGUGUCUGCGUCCGGGCAAGGGGUCUGAUCCUGGGCCCGGCUGGACUGACUUCCGUCUGUGAGGGGCUGUUUC